GAUCACAGAUUCACUGCGGACGCCAAAUUGAUUUCUACAAAAAUUUUGCUCAAUCUCAGCGAGAAUUGCGUGAGAAGCGUCGCCCAAUUGGAAGUAUUCGAGGUCAAAUUUCGGGAAGCUUCUGGAAAUGGUGAAUCGCUAUAUCUUCGUCGAUCAAAGGGCGGCGGGCGUGCUUUGAUUCGUGGGUGCCGUAUUACAGAUUUGGGUACUGAUAGUUCGUUUGUUUGCCGGUGAAUUUUCGGGAAUAAAUGUCGGAAUUGGUGGCUCGAACUGGCCGGCAUCAGCAGCGCUACGAGGAUGGAUAUCGCCUUAUUGCUGGGUGUGUUCCCUUUAGAUUUAGGAAUGUGAACGACGAUGGAAAUGGGACGUCUAACAAGAUAGUUGAAGUACUAAUGAUCAAUUCUACCAGUGGACCUGGUCUUCUGUUUCCAAAGGGUGGAUGGGAGAAUGAUGAAACAGCUGAGGAGGCAGCAGAAAGGGAAGCCAUCGAAGAGGCUGGAGUUCGAGGGGAUUUAGUGCAUUUUUUAGGAUACUAUCCUUUCAAGAGCAAAACACUGCAGGACGAGUGCAGUCCAGAAGGGCUGUGCCGAGCUGCCAUGUACGCAUUGCACGUGAAGGAGGAACUCGACUCCUGGCCUGAAAAAAGCCUCCGGGAAAGGAGUUGGCUGACCGUUCCCGAAGCCAUCGAUUGCUGUAGGCAUCUGUGGAUGCGAGAAGCUUUGGAGAAAGGAUUCUCCAAGUGGUUCGCCGAAGGUAUGAUCACCACUUUGCCCCACAAGGAUUUUAAUAAUUCUUCGUGAAUGAUCCCUACUUUUGAGAUGAUUAAUUUAUUGCGGCGCUAUAUAUUUUGCCUUGGGUCGGAUAACAGAGUCGAUUUAAGACUGACUAAAGAUCCGCAUUGUCGAUUUCUUUUUAGGCUUUUAUGCAGCUUAAGAAUGACUCCUUUUGUCGGUCUUUUUAGCCGUUGUGUACCUCCGGAUGUCGAAGAAAAGUUUUGAGGUACUUGAAAAGUCAUUGAUAAUUGUUCAUCCUUUCUGGAAUGAUUGUUGUUAAUCUUCAUUUGGGUUUCGAGUUAGAUUGUUUUUUUCUUCUUAGUUGGAAAAGCCUGCACAAUUAUUCUUUAUGGUUUAAAAGUUAUAUUUCACUC